AUGGGUGUAGACAACACCGUCGUGAACAAGCACACGCUCGAGGGUCUUGACCUCGCCGAUCCUCGCACCAUCGAGCUCAUUCAGCGCGCUCAAGAUGGACACGCCGCCGAUAGAGAUCUCACUAUCCGCCAAGCCCUCAAGAAGUAUAGAAAAGCUGUGCUUUGGUCUUUGGUCCUGUCAAUCAGCUUGGUCAUGGAGGGCUAUGACCUCGUCAUGCUCGGAUCAUACUAUGGCCUAACCCAGUUCCAAGACCACUUCGGCGAGUACAGCGCCGCAGAGGGCAAGAAGGUCAUCUCACCAGCCUGGCAAUCUGGCCUUUCCAACUCGUCGCAAGUAGGACAAUUGGCCGGUCUUCUGAUCAACGCGUGGGCGCAAGAUAAAUUCGGUGCUCGCAUGACAAUGAUGGUCUUCAUGGCCUAUCUUGUCGGCACCAUCUUCAUUCUUGCUUUUGCGCCGUCGCUGUCUGUCCUGGCUUUCGGCGAGGCGCUGUGCGGUGUUGCUUGGGGUGUUUUCCAGACUCUAUCUACCACCUACGCUUGCGAAGUCGUCCCCACGAUCCUCCGUCCAUACGUCACCGCAUGGGUCUGCAUGUGCUGGGGUCUCGGUAUCCUGAUCUCAUCCGGCGUCGUCCGCGCGUGUCUAAACAUCGAGGGUAACUUGGCCUGGAAGCUUCCCUUCUACCUUCAGUGGGUUUGGCCGGUGCCGUUGUUCUUCGUGGCGUACUUUGCUCCCGAAUCUCCAUGGAAUGCCGUCCGCCGUGGUAAGAUCGAACUCGCUAAGACAUCCCUGCGAAGACUUGCCUCGGACGAUGGAGAUAGAGAGGGAGAGAUCGAAGCGAGCUUGGCGUAUAUUCAGCAUACCACUGCUUUGGAAAAGGCCGAGACUGGAGGAGCUUCUAUUCUUGAGUGCUUCAGAGGUACCAACUUGCGUCGAACCGAAAUUAACUGCGUGGUCUGGGCUGCCCAAAUCCUCUGCGGAAACGCCAUCCUCGGUUUCGUCGUCGUCUUCCUCCAAGCCGCAGGCUGGUCCCAAGUCCAGUCAUUCAACCUCAACAUCUCCCUCUCAGCAUGCUACAUCAUCGGCGGCAUGAUCUGCUGGGUUCUCUUCCCUCGAUUCGGACGAGCAACUAUUUAUAUGAGUGGUUUGGUGUUCAUGUUCUGCUGCCUUAUUGCCAUCGGGGCUCUCGGAUGGUCCACCAGCAAAGACGCUUACCUUGCUAUUGGUCUGCUCUUUGUGGUGUCAACCCUGUGCAACAUGAUUACUAUUGGGCCGGUGUGCUAUCCUAUUGUGGCUGAGACUCCUUCGGGACGGCUUAGGUAUAAGACUAUUGUUAUCGGGCGGUUUGUGUAUAACCUUACUGCCAUCUUCAACAACUCCGUUACACCAAGGAUGAUCUCGGCGUCUGGCUGGGGUUGGGGUGCCAAGACAGGUCUUUUCUAUGCCGGAACAAAUGCUCUUUGCCUCCUCUGGUGCUGGUUCCGUCUUCCUGAGACGAAGGAUCGUACCUUUGGUGAGAUCGACAUUCUCUUUGAGAACGGCGUUCCUGCAAGAAAGUUCAAGCAUACCAAGGCAGAUCAAUUCGCACUUGAAAGUGACUACGUAUCGGAGAAGGUUGGACCAGCUGUUGAUCACAAGGAUUGA